UUUAGGGUCCUGAGCUCUGUCUUCCUGUUUGUCUCCUUUGCCACUUUCAGAUCUCUUGGAGAGACAAGGUGGGUGAGAAGAUACAUUCUGCCUGAGAAGUGCUACAGUUCUGCCUUUCACCCACCAGAGGCCCCUGUGGCACCAGAACAAGCAGCAUUCAGCUGGGUUCAUCUUGGUGACUACAGAAUAACGUCCACGUUUUGCUCCAGAUCAUCCCAUCCUCCCAGGGGGAAGGCAAUGGCUGCAAUGGAGCUGGCUCAGGGGCCGGUGACUUUCGAGGAGGUGGCUGUGUAUUUCACUAGGGAGGAAUGGGCUCUUCUGGACCCUGUUCAGAGAGCCCUCUACAGGGAUGUCAUGCAGGAGAACUAUGAGACGGUGACCUCGCUGGUAGGGUUUCCAGUUUCCAAACCUGAUGUGAUCUCCCAGGUGGAACGAGGGGAAGAGCCGUGGGUUCCAGACCUCCAGGGCUGUGAGAAAGAAGUGCUUCCAAGAGCUGCCUGCACAGGUAGUGACCUGUGUCUGGAUUCUCUCUGUCUCCCAUCAGGUGAUGGGAUGGUGAGUGAGAAUAAGGAGGAGAAACCCCGUCAGGAAGAUGCUGAGCGAAGAGAAGCACAUGGAAUGUUAUCAGGAAGAUCCAAAGAGAAUGUUUCCAGGAGUUGUGCACUCCCAGAAAAACCAAAAGCCUGUGAGACUCAGGGGAGGCCAGAGGGAAACUUUAGUAGCCUCUCAGACCUUAUAACAAGUGGCAGAAUCAACUUGGAAGAGAUACGCUACAGGUGCUAUGAGUGUGGGAAAAGCUUCAAUUGGAGCUCUACCCUUGUCAGACAUCGUAGAAUCCACGCGGGAGAGACGCCUUAUACGUGCACUGAGUGUGGGAAAAGCUUCAGUCAGAGCUCACACCUUAUCCGACAUCAGAGAAUCCACACGGGAGAGACGCCUUAUACGUGCACUGAGUGUGGGAAAAGCUUUAAUUGGAGCUCUACCCUGAAUGCACAUCGUAGAAUCCACACAGGAGAGAAGCCCUGCACAUGCGCUGAGUGUGGAAAAAGCUUUCGUUGGCGCUCACACCUUAUCCGACAUCAGAGAAUCCACACAGUAGAGACGUCUUACACGUGCGCUGAGUGUGGGAGAAGGUUUAGUCGGCGCUCACACCUUAUCGGACAUCAGAGAAUCCACACAAGAGAGACGCCCUACUCAUGCUCAGAGUGCAGGAAAAGCUUUAGUCGGAGCUCGAACCUUAUCAGACAUCAGAGAAUCCACACAGGAGAGACGCCGUAUACGUGCACUGAGUGUGGGAAAAGCUUCAAUCGGAGGUUUACCCUGAACACACAUCGUAGAAUCCACACAAGGGAGAUGCCCUACACAUGCUCAGAGUGCGGGCAAAGCUUCAGUCGGAGCUCUACCCUGAACACACAUCGUAGAAUCCACACAGGAGAGACGCCCUACACAUGCUCUGAGUGUAAGAAAAGCUUCAGUCAGCACUCAAGCCUUAUCACGCAUCAGAGAAUCCACACGGGAGAGACGCCCUACACAUGCUCUGAGUGUAAGAAAAGCUUCAGUCAGCACUCAAGCCUUAUCACACAUCAGAGAAUCCACACAGGAGAGACGCCCUACACGUGUACUGAGUGUGGGAAAAGUUUCAAUCGGAGCUCUACCCUGAACACGCAUCGUAGAAUCCACACGGGAGAGACGCCCUACACAUGCACUGAGUGUGGGAAAAGCUUCAAUCGGAGCUGUACCCUGAACACACAUCGUAGAAUCCACACAAGGGAGAUGCCCUACACAUGCUCAGAGUGCGGGCAAAGCUUCAAUCAGUGCUCAAGGCUCAUUAGACAUCAGAAAAUGCACAGCAGAGAGAAUUGUAAUAAAUCCCUUGACUAGGGUUGGCAAAAA